UAUUAUCUCUUUCUAGAGGGGAAAAGGUGCUCUUGGUAUCAUCUCUUCAUCGUCUAUAUAAGCUCCUCUUCAGUUUAUUCAUUUCUCAUACUUAAGUCACUUGGGUUUGUCACAAAGAGAACCAUAUAGAAAUUGCCAUGAUGAUGUUCCAGGUGUCUUUCUUCAUGCUCAUGGCAGUGGUGAUUGUAACUUCCUAUGCAACAAUGGAGAGACAAACCUAUGUGGUUCAUAUGGACAGAACCAAGAUUUCAGCAUUGGAUCAUUCUCUUGGAGAUACCAUGAGAUGGUAUGAAUCAGUGGUCAACUCCAUCAAUGAGCUCUCAACUCAAGAUGUUGUAGAGAAAGACACAGUGAGACCAGAACUCCUAUACGUCUACGAAACUGCCAUGUCUGGUUUCGCGGCAAAGCUCUCCAUCAAACAACUCCAAUCCUUGAAGAAUGUUGAUGGCUUUCUCUCUGCUACUCCUGAUGACAUGUUAAGUCUUCACACCACACACACUCCUCAGUUCCUUGGCCUAAAAUAUGGCAAAGGCCUUUGGAAUGCUCCCAAUUUAGCCUCAGACGUGAUCAUAGGAAUUAUUGAUACCGGAAUAUGGCCUGAUCACAUCAGUUUCAAGUCUGGCGUGUCUCCGGUGCCCUCUCGCUGGAAAGGCAUUUGUGAGAAUGGCACAAAAUUCUCACCAGCCAACUGCAAUAACAAGCUAAUAGGUGCAAGGGCCUUCUUCAAAGGGUAUGAGGCGGCCGCCGGCAGAAUUAAUGAGACACAGGAAUAUCGAUCCCCUCGGGAUUCAGAUGGCCAUGGGACACACACUGCAUCAACCGCAGGUGGUAAUGUGGUUGCAGGGGCGAGCAUGUUAGGCUUCGCUAAAGGCACAGCAGGUGGCAUGAGAUACACUGCAAGAAUUGCAGCUUAUAAGGUGUGUUGGGCUCGAGGUUGCGCAAGCUCUGAUAUAUUAGCUGCCAUAGACACGGCUGUUUCUGAUGGUGUGGAAGUGAUCUCUCUCUCCUUAGGCAGUGGCUCUCAUCCUUACCACAGCGACAACAUGGCUAUAGCCGCAUUCGGGGCGGUCCAAAAAGGCAUCUUCGUCUCAUGCUCUGCUGGGAAUUCAGGCCCUUCUGAAUCAACAGUUUCCAAUACAGCACCAUGGAUCAUGACAGUUGCUGCAAGUUACCUUGACAGAAGCUUUCCCACCAUGGUAAAGCUUGGAGAUGGACAAGUUUUCAAAGGUGCAUCUCUCUAUUCAGGCAACCCAACUAAACCAUUGCCCCUUGUUUAUGGAGACACUGCAGGUGGCCAAGGGGCUGAGUACUGUAGUGAUGGCUCACUCUCCCCUGAGCUUGUCAAAGGAAAAAUAGUAAUUUGCCAGAGAGGGAUGAACACCAGAGUAGAAAAAGGAGAGCAAGUGAAGAUGGCUGGAGGGGCUGGAAUGCUUAUGGUCAACAAUGAAGAAGAUGGAGAAGAGCUAUUUGCUGAUCCACACAUCUUGCCAGCCACUUCUUUGGGAGCUAAAGCAGCAAAAGCUAUCAAGAACUAUGUCACCUUGGUGAAGAACCCUACAGCUUCAAUCAUCUUCCAAGGGACUCUUUAUGGCUCCCCUGCACCCAUCAUGGCUGGGUUCUCCUCAAGAGGGCCUAGUCCAGUUGGGCCAGAUGUGAUCAAGCCAGAUGUCACUGCACCAGGUGUGAAUAUAUUGGCUGCAUGGCCUCCAACCGUAAGCCCGACCCGACUUAACAGUGACAAGAGAAGUGUGAGUUUUAACAUAAUCUCCGGCACAUCCAUGUCUUGCCCUCAUGUCAGUGGCCUAGCUGCACUCCUCAAGUCCGUCCACAAAGACUGGUCGCCGGCAGCGAUCAAGUCAGCCCUGAUGACUACAGCGCAUACUCUCAACAAUAAACGGGUUCCGAUCGCAGAUGCCGGGUCCAACAACUUUGAAUCAGCAAACCCAUUUUCAUAUGGGUCUGGACAUGUAGACCCGGAAAGAGCAUCUGAUCCAGGGCUAGUUUAUGAUAUCUCCACUGAGGAUUACCUCAACUACCUCUGUAGCCUCAACUACACAUCUUUUCAGAUGGCUAUGUUGUCUAGGGGAAGCUUUACAUGUCUUAACAAUGGAGUCACCCAGCCAGGUGACUUGAAUUACCCUUCUUAUGCUCUGGUCUUUGAUGGUGUUGGUGCCCAGAACAGUUCAGUUACUUAUAAGAGAACAGUGACCAAUGUUGGGCUCUCAUGGUCUAGAUAUAUAGUUCAAGUCAAGGAACCAGAUGGUGUCUCAGUGAUGGUGCAGCCCAAGGUCUUAAACUUCAAAAAGUAUGGGGAGAAGCUAAGUUAUACAGUGACAUUUGUUGUUGUGGGAAGAAAGACUACUUCCACCACCUCUUCAUUUGGAUCACUGAUUUGGGUUUCUUGGAAAUAUGCAGUGAGAAGCCCUAUUGCAGUAACCUGGCAGUAGUAGUUGUAGCAGCAGCAGUAGUAUGACAACUAAAUAUGUGAAACAAAUAAUGUUAACCUAUCAAGAUUAGUUUAUGGGAAAUUUAUGUAAAGAAGAAGAAGGUCUUGUUUGUAUCCAUGUAAAAUACCUGAAAAAAUAAAAUAAAAUAAAAAAAUAAAAAAUAGAUAAAAAAA